AUGAAUAUUGUCCGACGCAUUGUCAAGCGCAUGCCCCUGGCCCCUGCGCUGGCUUCUUUGGAAGAUGUCUCACGAGAAAAAGGCCAGUCAGUGCGAUUCGCUUUUCUUCGGAGACGCAUCCGGCUGCGAGGGAACUCUUCGAUUUCGAUACCGCUGGGCAUUGUUUUGCUUUUUCCAUGUGUUGUAAUUAUUUUAAUAGUCCUUAUCUUCGUGCGACAUCCGUCUUCCUCGGGCGGCAUUCUCAUCCCAGCCGGUGCACCUCCGUCCAUCAGACGGAUUAGUGAGGACCACGACAAAGUUUUUGCCACCGGAUGUAUGAACAUCGACAACUCCGGUCCCCGAGCAAACGCCGCCUUUGUUGUCCUCGCCCGAAAUAAGGAGCUCGACGGUGUCAUCCAAUCCAUCAAGUCUAUUGAGCGUCAUUUCAACAGGUGGUGGAACUACCCUUAUGUCUUCUUGAAUGACGGCGACUUUGACCAAGACUUCAAAGACACCAUCCUCAACCACACCAGCGGGGAGGUCGAGUUUGGCAAAAUCGAUAGCUCCAUGUGGGGUUUCCCCGACUGGGUCGACCACGAAGUCGCCAAGGAGGGCAUCAGAAAACAAGGUGAUGCCGCCAUCAUGUAUGGUGGCAUGGAGAGUUAUCACCACAUGUGCCGCUUCUACUCGGGAUUCUUCUACAAGCACCCAUUGCUGCUGAAGUACGAGUGGUAUUGGCGUUUGGAGCCCGAGAUCAAGUACUUUUGUGAUAUCACAUAUGACCCGUUCAUCAAAAUGGCCGAGGCCAACAAGACUUACGGCUUUACGAUUGCCGUGAAAGAGCUCCGCGAAACCGUCCCUAAUAUUUUCCGGUACGCUUCAGCAUACAAGCGCACGCACAGCUUGAAAUCACAGGGUCUUUGGGAGAUGUUCCUCGACACUCCUAAAGAGGAAGACCGAGAAAAGAAAGAGCCUGAACAGGAGAAGCUUCCUGAGGAGUUUGAUAUGAAGCCCCCCGAGGUGGAUACCGAAGCCAUGGAAGGCGAAAAGUACAACAUGUGCCACUUCUGGAGUAACUUUGAGAUCGCCCGGCUGGAUUUCUUCCGUAGCAAAGAAUACGAAGACUUUUUCGAAAUGAUGGAUAGAAGUGGCGGCUUCUGGAUGGAACGAUGGGGUGACGCACCCAUCCAUUCUCUGGCUGCUGGAGCACUACUUGCUCCCCGUGAUAUUCAUUAUUUCCGCGACUUUGGAUACCGCCACACGACGAUUCAACACUGCCCUGCCAACGCACCUGCCCGUCAGCUGCCUCGUAUCCCAUGGCUCGAAAAGACGACUGAAGACGAGAAGAAGCGCUUCGAGGAGGACGACUAUUGGGCGACAGCCGACCCUGUCAAAGAGAACGGAGUUGGCUGCCGCUGCAAGUGUGACACGGAUAUUGUCGACGUCGAAGGAAAGCAAGGAAGCUGUCUAGCCGAAUGGGUCAACGUUGCCGGCGGUUGGGCAUCGCCCUAG